GAAUUAGCUUAAAAUUAACUUUUUUCUUUACAAAUUCAUAUUACACUGUUAAUUUUCAUUAAAAUAUACUUAUAUUGUGCUCGAAAAUAUAGAUGUACAUACUGUAGGUGUGGCAACAUAAACAAUAUAAAUUUGAAAGAAUUCCUUACGUAUACAAUGAACACAAUAAUUUGUACGCAUGCGCAGGCGCGUCCAUUAAUUUAUAUCUUUGCAUGCAAGUUUCGUAAACACAUGGACUUAAACGUACACAAUCCACACAAUCAUACCAUUUUUAGAUUAAACCAAAUAAGUACGAAUUGAGGAACUUCCAAGUAUCUUUUGUGCAAAAAUCAAUCAUGAAAAACUCGUCAGUGUGAAUCUGCGUAUUUCUGAACUCCUGCAUUGAUAUAAACAUUGGACACUGUCUUAAGGAUUUGCAUUUUCACAUUAAUAUCUUAUUAAAAUUUUAAUCGACUUUAGCUUACAACGCAUGACCGGCUGCAACGGAAUCAAUAGAAGAAGAUUAUUAAAUACAUAAUAUGCUAACUACUACAACGGCGAUUGUUACCAGCACUAGCAUAGGGCAUCACCAGCAUCAAUUUACCAAAAACAAAUUAUCUACGUCGGGCUCAUUUGUCGUUGAUAGCGUCAACAUGAGUACUCCUAUUACUACAACGAUGUUAACUUCGCACUCAUACCUGCCUCCUAUGGCAACAUGUAGUAAGAUUCCUGCAAUAAAUGCACACCAACAGCAAUCCCAUUAUAUUCUGCAAAAAUCAGCACCUAACACCUGUUUUAAUAAUGACAUUGGUAUGGUAGAACGAGAACAUAUGUGCUCGUCUAGCUCAACAGUUCCUCAGGAUGAGUCAAUAUCGUCGUCGUGUAUUAGCACAAAGCGAAUUUUGACUCCAUUGUUUACACAUAAGACGACGCGGACAAUACCAUCCGAUAAAAUCAACUUACGAUUAAUUUUGGUAAGCGGUAAAACAAAAGAAUUUGUUUUUAAUGCAACCGAUUCUGCUGGUGACAUUUCUAAAACUGUUUUCGAUAAUUGGCCUCUUGAUUGGUCACAGGAAGCUGUUUCGAAAUCUGAAAUUUUACGUCUGAUUUAUCAAGGCCGCUUUCUACAUUGCAACGUAACAUUGGGUGCAUUAGGACUACCCCUGGGGAAAACGACUGUCAUGCACUUAGUUCCGCGUGAUAAUUUACCUGAGCCUAAUUCGCAAGAUCAAAGGCUGAAGAGUAAAAGUGGAUCUGGACGUUGCUGUUCUACUACAUGCUGUAUUUUGUAACUAUAUUAUCUUUGAACCUAAUGUACAUAAACAAUUUUCAACAUUUUCGCAGCAGUCAGCAACAAUGACUUGUACUUAUUUUUUGAAUAUUCUGUACCUAAUGUGUGAACAUAUAUAAAAAGUUGC